GGUCGAGCGGCAAGACCAAGCCCGGGAUACUAGGUCAAGGGCCAACGCUUCGAUUCCCAGAAUGACCUCUGAUUCCGCCCCAGAAGUUCAGCACCGCGAAGACCUUCAUUCGACUCUCGCAGUUGCCGCAACACCUCACCUCCACUCCGUCCAGGAAUCCCAGCCUCCCGAUGACGCUCUGAGAGCUAAACCUUUAAAGAACGGCGCCUCCAGUGAACCUCGGGAAAACUUGAACGGGUGCCACAGAGUGGAGGAUGGUGACAUAAGACAGGGCGGGUCAGUGGGGAGUACUAAUGGAAACCGGGAUGGUUGUUUAGGGUCGAUCGGCCCGAUAGCUCCGCUUCAACGGCUAUCGUCAACAGCUUCGUCUGAAGAUUCUUGGGUUCCGGACGAACCGCAGCAACUCCCUACUCCGGAACUAACAAAAAGCGACGAUAAACUCCGGGUUGCUGGAGCACCUGUUGCUGAAGUUGACAAGGUCCUUAAGCUCUCGCCUACCCGACUAGGGGAGCUUGUGAGUGACAACCCAGGAGCGCCAGUUUUACUUCGCCCAGCUUCUCCCGUAUUCACCCGUUUACCUACAUCGCCUGAACUGCCGGGAACAACCAGGUCGCGCCAUAGGUCGACAACAAAUCCAUUCAAUACCUCACCGGUGGCCUUUAAGACCUCAUCCGCCGCACGCCCCCAACUCACACCCCAGGAGCGAACACUUUCAGCUCCUCCAGGAAUGAAACGGUCAAGGUCGUCCCCGCGUGCGUUGCAACUUAAUACUCAAAAUUCCAAUAGCCGGCCAUUCCAGCAGCUGCGAGGACGAACCGCUGAGAAGCCGGGAGUUACAAUUUCUCCCCAAAAGACCUCCGAUACAUUUUCCCCAGCACCGCAUUUCGGCCCCGAUGGUUCUAAUGACCCAACAUCAGCAAAUCAGGCAAGCAAUUCAGCGCAUACGGGUCGAGAGAAUGGGCCAGUCUCCUCAACACAGUCUCACUCCCCUACUACCACACACCUCUUGAAAUCUGCUACGCCCACACCAGCGUCGUUCCCACCCCUACCUUUACAAACAUACCUAUCUCUGGCUCUCUCACCAACAUCCUCAAGCCCUUCCCCAUCUAUGAAUUUUCCACCCUCGCCACAAGCGGUACCACAUCACCAGACACAAACCUACGGCCCACCACAGCACCAUCCAGAUGAUACUGCAGAGAUUGCAAUUGAGCGAAUAAUGAAUGUUCUUCUUCUUCCACCAAAACUUGAGGGCGCACUAUGGUUUGGGGCUCUCGCUUGUUUAGACAGUUGGUUAUACAUGUUUACAAUAUUACCGCUACGAUUCAUGCGAGCUCUAGGCUUACUCUGUGCGUUUUGGUGGGGAGGCUUAAUGGGAUAUUGCACGCGUAGUAGAAGAGGUGUGAAAGAUCACAAACCUAGACGCAGGAGUAGCAGCAACAUAAAUAAAGCGGAUGUGAACAAGUGGGAAAAACCCAAAGGAGAUAGAAACUCUCUCGGUACUAGAAGGAAGGCAGCGAGAGUUUCGGACCUUUUGCCUAGCCACAAGGCAGAUAUAUUAAGAGGAUUAGUAGUUUUUUGUACAUGUUGGAUAUUGAUGAGGUUCGAUGCUAGUCGAAUGUAUCAUUCGAUCAGGGGUCAGAACGGUGUCAAGUUAUAUGUCAUAUAUAACAUGUUAGAGAUUGGCGACAAGUUAUGUUCCGCGUUAGGACAAGACAUUUUUGAAUGCCUCUUCUCUAGGGAAACGCUUGAACGGGGGUCAGACGGGCGCAGUAAGAUAUUGAGGCCCUUCGGGUUCUUCCUGUUAGGCUUGGCCUAUAAUACGGCUCACUCGACUGCCCUAUUCUAUCAAGUUAUCACCCUCAAUGUCGCUGUCAACUCAUAUUCCAACGCUCUCGUUACACUUCUCCUCUCGGUUCAGUUCGUCGAGAUCAAAUCCACUGUCUUCAAGAAAUUUGAGAAAGAAAAUCUCUUUCAACUGACCUGUGCCGACAUUGUCGAGCGGUUUCAGUUAUGGCUGAUGCUGAUUAUAAUCGCGUCACGGAAUCUCGUCGAAACAGGCGUGUGGUCAUUAGCCGGACCAGACACCUCCAGCGCCAAUGGAGCAGGUGUAAUGCCCAAGAGCUUUACCUUGUUCCCCAAAUGGACCGGUCAGGUGAUGGGGCCAUUCCUUCUAGUUCUUGGAAGCGAAAUGUUUGUCGACUGGUUGAAGCAUGCAUACAUCACCAAAUUCAACAAUACCCGUCCAGCUGUAUACGAAAGAUUCCUAGACGUCUUAUCCAAAGACUACUACUCUCGUGCGUUCGCCGAUCAAAACCUAACAAAGCGGCUUGGCCUACCGGUGAUCCCUCUAGCUUGUCUCUUCAUCCGUGCUAGUCUCCAAACAUACCAAAUGUUUCUAGCAACACAGGUCCCACUCCCUAUGCCCUCAACAACAACCUCUCUGAGCGAAUCCCACACAUCGCGCACUACAACUGAGGCUUUAACAAAUAUCGAUGUCCUCCUCCGCCGCGCUCUCGGCCAUUCCCCAACCUCUCUCCCCACCUCCCUGCCCGACAACCUUGUGGCAACUGCAAUGUUAUUGAUAUUCUUCAUCGUUUUCUUCCUCGUUUUCCUUGUCCUCAAACUUGUCUUGGGAAUAUGUCUACUUGGCUUCGCUAGACGAAGGUAUAAGGGUAUGAAGGAUCGGGAAAGAAUGAAUUUCCUGACCGGCGCUAGACGGGUAGGCGGGUUCGGCACCAUUGAGGUUAACGAGGACCAGAAAAAAUGGAUUUAUGCCGACGAUCCCGAGGGAGCAAAGCUAGCACGGGAGAGAGACUCAAGGCCGAUCCCACCAGGCCCAGGGCUGGAGACUGUGAGGAGGUAUAGCAUGGCGGCGAAGAGGAUUUGGUGAUGGGUUCAAAUAUCCCUGGCAUCUCUUUUUCUUCCCCCCUUUCUUUCCUGUCCCUUUAGAGUUUUGAUGCAUUGCAGAAUUCACUUUAUCCGCAUUUCAAGACUGGUUGAUUGGCUUUCUAAUGUAUUGUUACGGUAUCUAUUUUUCUAUUCGCUUGUAACUUUAGGUAUACGCCGACGGCGAUAGAGUAUU